AAAGAAUGUCGUCUCCGAGUUUGAACCAAAACCCAUGCCAAAGUCACAUACACACACUUCAACUUACCCAUAACACAUACACACAUAAAUGAAUUUGUAUACUACUAUAUAAUAAGCUUCUUAUGAGCCAUUUGCUUAAAACAAUUCAAAACCUCUAAAGAUCAUUUCUCCAAACUCGCUAACCUCAUACCUACUGUUUUUUUUCAUUUCCUCUGUUACCAAUGGAUAUUAUUACUUGGACAAGAGGACCAAUCAUCGGUCGAGGCUCCACAGCCACCGUCUCAAUAGCAGUUUCAAACUCCGGUGAGAUGUUCGCCGUCAAAUCAGCCGAUUUCUCUUCUUCAGCGUUCUUGCAGAACGAGCAAUCGAUUUUGUCUACAUUGAGCUCUCCACACAUAGUCAAGUACAUAGGCUCUGAUGUAACACCGGAGAAGGAAGGAUUGGCUUACAAUCUCCUGAUGGAGUACGUUUCCGGCGGGAGUCUUCACGAUUUAAUCAAAAACUCCGGCGGGAAGUUGCCGGAGCCGGCGAUCAGAUCAUACACGCGUCAGAUUCUCAGGGGUCUGAGUUAUCUCCACGAGAGAGGGAUUGUUCACUGCGACUUGAAGAGCCAGAACGUGCUGGUCGAAGAAAACGGCGUCGUAUGUAAAAUCGCUGAUAUGGGUUGUGCUAAACCGGUUUUAAAGUCUGGAUUUUCCGGUACACCGGCGUUUAUGGCGCCAGAGGUUGCUCGCGGCGAAGAACAGAGGUUUCCAGCCGACGUGUGGGCGUUAGGGUGUACGGUGAUCGAGAUGAUGACCGGGGCAAGCCCUUGGCCGGAGCUAAACGACGUCGUUGCUGCAAUGUAUAAGAUUGGAUACUCCGGCGAGUCGCCGGAGAUUCCUGAGUGGAUAUCGGAGAAAGGUAAGGACUUUCUGAUGAGUUGUUUGGAGAAUGAUCCGAAACAGAGAUGGACGGUGGAAGGGUUGCUUAAACACCCUUUCCUCGACGAAGACGAAGACGUAGAAUCUCAUCUGCAGAGUUCGUCUUCUCCGAGCACUGUGUUGGAUCAACGGUUUUGGAACUCAUGCGAAGCUUCGGAAAGUCGCUCGCUUUCGAUGGAUCACGAAUACCCUUUUGCUGGUUACUCGGGUGCUUGGGAUUCACCGGCUGAUCGGAUCGAGCAACUCGCCGGAGAUGAGUUUUCAAGCGUUCCGGAUUGGGAUACGGUAGCUGACGGCGAGUGGAUUCAAGUGAGAGGCGACGUUCUUCAAGACGCGGUAUGCGUCGAGGAAACGUCGUCGUCUUCGCAAGAGAUUGAAGUAGUUGACGAAUGGAUAUCGGAUCAAGACAGCUUGUUCUCGGAAUAUUCUCUUGACGGCGUCAUUACCAGUUUUUACUAUAAUGUUUCUAUUCAAAGAAAUGUUAUUGUAUUUUAUUAUUAUCGUGUUGGAGAUCAAAAUGUACCAAUAAAGAAAAUGUUUCGUUAUACCAAUGAGAAUAAGAAAAACAUUUAUCCGUCAAAUUGCAAGCUCUUUCUAAUUCACCAACCAAUUACGAACAACCAUGUCCUAAUAAGUCAUAACAAAUAG